AUGCGCCGUGUCAGUCUGCCACUGCUCGUCGUACUGCCGUGCGUUCAGCGCCGACCGGUCAACAGCACUGGUAGUAAGGAGCGAAAGGUGAAACAUUGGUUUCCUAAGAAGAAAGGUGUAUCUUCGUCGGCAGCGGCCCUGCAGCGAAGUGUGGACGUAGCAGAUGCGGAGAAACUUCAGGAUGUGGAGCGACACUUCCCGGUUGCCAUGUCACACAUUAAGAAGGCCCCAACCACCCGUUACUCGGCAGAUGAGCGGAGAAAGCAAACGUGGAAGGAUAUCACACGCACCAGGAAUGUUGACGGGUACGCCCCUCCAAGGGAGGAAAAAGGCGCUGCACCAUCAUUCUUCGAUGAAGGGAGUUUCGACAUACGUAGCGAUGUGAAAAGACAAUCAGAAUGUCUGCAGUGGAGAGGUUCACCCUCUGACAGCCGCACACGGCUAAACGCUUUAUCGCCCGAUGUGCUUCAGUUGUCCGGCGCGAACCCCAAAGAUCACGGCUUUGCCGUUGCAGAAGAAAGUAACGUCUCCCCAGCCGACCCCACAAUUGAGCCGGAACAGGGGGAAGGUAAUGCGUACGGUGAUACCCCUGUGCAGCUUACGGAUAUGUUGAAGGAGAGGUUGAUGGAACUUAAGGCAGAGAAACUUCGUGAAGAUCGAAACGACACGUAUCUUCCCUCUAGGCUAAAACUGCUUUCAGAUUCGGAGGUGCAAAGAAGGCUGAAAAAAAACGUUCCUCGGUGCGACGUAUUGGAUGCUAAGGAUCUAAGUUCAUUUGGUGGCCAAGCUGACACUUUGGCAGACCUUUUCCCUGACGGAUCUCAUGACGGUUCACCAAGCGGUGAAGAAAUAGCGAUGCCCUCAACAGAUCCGUGGAAGGAUGGAGAGGUGCUGUCCCCAGCCGUAGGAAAAAUUAUUCACAGUUCAGCCGAUUUAGUACCCGGCGGCUCAAUCCAUGAUCCGGUAAGUGAUUUUUCACGGAGGCUUACGAGUCAAGGGGAGGGCAAGUUGGUUUCAUCGGGUGGUUCCGUUCAUCUUCUUCGGUGCUUACCACGUGCGGGGUUUUGUAGCCGCCGCGAAGCGCUUGCGGUAAUUGCCAGUGGUCAGGUACGUGUCGAUAAUGUGGUGGAAAGGAAUCCAUUCCGUCUUGUUCGAGCCGAGAAUAAUAUUCAUGUGGCGUCUCACAGUGGGCGCCUUCGGUUUGCGCCACCAAGGCUGUGGAUGUACCAUAAGCCGGCACACGUUAUUGUAUCUAGGAAUGACGUGGCUGGUCGAGCAUUAUUUACGAAGCAUGCCCGGAUACUUGGUAUGGAUCACCUUGUCCCCGUUGGGUCUCUUCCUAUGCGAGCCCACGGGCUGCUGCUUCUUACAAACGACGGGGAGCUUUCCCGUUUCCUCGAAAACCCGAAAUGCAUGAUCCAGCAGACUUACCUACUGCGUGUACGACCAGCGGUGGACCCUGUCCUGGCACACAAGCUAAACUUUCAGGGCAUUACAAUCAAUGGCAAACAGUACAAGAACAUGGAAUUUUUUGUGAAUCCGGCGAUGAAGUCACGUUUCUCACUGAAGGUAAAGGUGCGCGGCGAGGUAAUGCCUGUGGCACACCUCAUGCAGCACCUGGGUCGCACGGUAGAGCGAGGUGGCCGCAUUUCAUUUGGGCCAUUCUCACUCUCAGGACUUCCUGUAGGGUCGCUGCGUGAGGUGACAGUUCCCCCAUAUUAUACCCGGCACACUGGCGCCGUUUGGAAGGAGUUCGUGGAGCGUGACUGGCCGUUUUUCCGACGUCAGCGCGUGUCCCGUCUCCGUCGCCUCGCCAGAUACCGUGAGCUCACUCCACGCGAACUGGAGGAAUUGGAUGGCUUCACGUAUGAGGAGGUGAAGGAUGCCCUGAGCUUUGACUCGCAGGAGCUGAAAACAGCUGCUGAUGAGUGGCUUGAUCGUGUUUCUAUUCGACCCCAGACAGGAGACACGCCGUUGCCGGAUGAUUUUGCUGGCGACCAUGUAGACGGCAACUGCGAGGUUCCUGCCGAGGAGGGAAUUAUCGAAGACAUCACGGCCGCUGUUUAA